AAAGUUUGCACCUGGGUCAGCCAAAGAGAGCAGAAAACGACACGUGGCGUCGAAGGCUGAAGAGCUUGUCGGUCUAGGAGGGAGUCGAACUGGCUUGGUUCGACCAGUAGCGCUCCCGACUUGUCUCCUCUCCUCCGACCCCGAUCUCUCGUUGCUGUCGCUCCAGCUUCUCGUUGGGGGCCAUCUUGGCAAAUACCGCGGAUGUAAACUCCAUGCGAAGGCGGGAGGAGGGACUUUCCCGCGCCUUCCCUUUGGCGGGAGAGGGGUCGACCUCUCUUCCCUUUUCCGGCUUGCUAUUCGGAUUCAUUUUCCUGCCCUAUUUUCAUGCAGGUGUUUGCCUGUUGAUUGGGAGUUCUGCCUGCUGACGCAUCUGGUGCUUAAAGAGUUUAUUCUGUGCAACCUCUUGGCGAGCGUACAAUUUCGUCAGUCACAAUGCAUGCGCCGGUGCUUGUUCUCAAUGAAAACACAAAGCGAGAGUCUGGCCGCAAAGCGCAACUGGCCAACAUUCAGGCGUCCAGGGCUGUGGCGGACAUAAUUAGAACCACUCUCGGCCCUCGGUCAAUGCUCAAGAUGAUCCUGGAUGCAACUGGGGGGAUCGUAUUGACAAAUGAUGGCAAUGCGAUUUUGAGGGAAGUGGAUGUCGCGCAUCCGGCGGCAAAAUCUAUGAUCGAGUUAAGCAGGAAUCAAGACCGUGAAGUUGGCGAUGGGACCACAUCAGUGAUAAUUUUGGCGGGAGAAAUGUUGCAUCUCGCGGAGCCGUUCCUUGAGCGAAAUUUCCAUCCGACGGUCAUUUGCAGGGCGUACAUGAAAGCGUUGGAUGAUGCGAUUGCCACCAUCGAUCGGAUCAGCUUCCCGACCGAUCCGAACGACAGGGAGCAGAUGUUGAAUAUCGUGCAGAGCUGUAUAGGAACGAAGUUUACAAAUCGUUACGGGACCUUGAUGGCCGAGCUGGCGCUUGAUGCUGUCAAUACAGUGGCCGUAGAUCAGGGCGAUGGCAAGAAAGAGAUCGAUAUUAAGAACUUUGCGAAGGUGGAGAAGGUCCCAGGUGGGCAGAUUGAAGAUUGCCGAGUCCUACGCGGCGUGAUGAUCAACAAGGACGUUGUCACUCCCGGGAAGAUGCGGAGAAGAAUCGCCAACCCGAGGAUCAUCUUGCUUGAUUGUCCGCUAGAGUACAAGAAGGGAGAGAACAUGACGAACGUAGAGAUAACAAAGGAAGAAGACUGGGGUCUCCUCUUGAAGAUGGAAGAAGAGGCGAUCGAGAAGAUGUGUUCCACGAUCGCCAAGUUCAAGCCCGACCUCGUCAUUACCGAAAAGGGACUGAGUGAUCUGGCGGCGCAUUUCUUAAGUAAGGCGGGAAUCAGCGCGAUUCGCCGCGUGCGGAAAACGGACAACAACCGAAUCGCACGCGCUUGCGGAGCAACGAUCGUGAAUCGCCCGGAGGAGUUGCAGGAGGCGAAUAUCGGAACAGGAGCUGGACUUUUCGAGGUGAAGAAGCUCGGAGACGAGUUCUUCGCAUUUAUCGCCGACUGCAAAAGUCCUAAAGCGUGCACGAUUCUGCUACGCGGAGCCAGCAAGGACGUGCUUAACGAAGUGGAGAGGAAUCUUCAGGAUGCUAUGGGUGUGGCGAGGAACGUGGUGUGGGACCCUAGGCUUCUCCCAGGCGGCGGUGCUGUCGAAAUGACGGUCUCUGCCGCUCUGAAGGAGAAGUCGGCGUCCAUCGAAGGGAUGGAGCAAUGGCCAUACAGGGCAGUUGGACAAGCAAUGGAGGUAAUCCCCAGAACUCUGGCUCAGAAUUGUGGGGUGAAUGUUAUCCGAACACUAACUUCUCUUCAGGCCAAGCAUGCCAACGGGGAAAAUCCGACCGUCGGAAUCAAUGGGAACACCGGCCUUAUCACAGACAUGAAACAGCUGGGGGUGUGGGAGCCGUAUGCGGUCAAAGUGCAGACGAUGAAGACCGCAAUCGAGGCAUCAUGUAUGUUGCUCAGGAUUGAUGAUAUUGUGAGUGGAAUCAAGAAGAAAGGCGAUACAGGCUCCAAGCCAACAAAGCCGCGAAUAGAGGAUGAAGGCCAAGCUGACUCGGAGCAGUUCCUCCCAGAGUAGGAUUGACACUGUGAGUGUAGCACUGUGUGAGUGUUAGGGCAGCUGGACGAAGGGGUUGAGGGUGAUUAGGUUGU